CCUCGCGACAGGCUGGGCCUCGCCUCUCCAUUGGUCGGCUGCUCAGACCCCACCCCCGAUGAUCGGGCCUGCGGCGCCCGGCCAAUCAGCGCGGCCCGGAAGGGUGGCGGCGGCGACCACAGAGCCAACAACAACAACGGCGGCGGCAGAAGUGGCUGAGGCGGCACCAGGCCCGGGGAGGAAGGCGACGGAGUGAGGCGGAAGCGUCCACGCGGGGGAAAGCAGAGAGCGGAGGGGCUGCGUUGCCGCCAUGGGGGCCGUGCUAGGGGUUUGUUCCUUGGCCAGCUGGGUAAGUACCUGAGGGGAGAAGGUCGGGUAGGCCCCGCCGGGAGGCGGCUUCCGGACUGAGGGAAGUAGGCCGCGUCGUUCCCCAUCCCCUGUUUCCGACCUCCGGUGGGUGUCAGGGUUGCCGCCGUUUCCCACGGAGGCUGAGGGGGCGGCCUCGACAGACGUUCCCAGGUGCCUUUUGCGGCUCUGGGGUUCAAAGCGAAGCCUCCAUGUCUAGGAGCACUAUAUCUCUAUAAAUACCGCGACAAAUAACUCGUUGUCCAGGUUUGGGGCCUCUCAAGAGCCCUUGCCUGAUGGCUGCUGGACCUAAACGGACCUUGAUGCCACAUUCCGAUGCCCGUUUUAUUCGCGAGUAAGCCCACUCAAGCUCACCGAGGCUUGCUUCUGUGUAGAUAUGCUUUCGUUUCGCCCGAACCAGGCCGAUCCAGUUUCGUUUGUAUAAUCGUGUCUUUCUUCGCUUCAGAUUUAUUUAUUUGAAUUUGUAUACCGCUCUUGCUCCAAAGGGAUGCGGGUGGCGCUGUGGGUUAAACCACAGAGCCUAGGACUUGCCGACCUUUCGGCGGUUCGAAUCCCCACGACGGCGUGAGGUCCAAUUGCUCGGUCCCUGCUCGUGCCAACCUAGCAGUUCGAAAGCACAUCAAGGUGCAAGUAGAUAAAUAGGUACCACUCCGGCAGGAAGGUGAACGGCGUUUCCGUGUGCUGCUCUGGUUCGCCAGAAGCGGCUUAGACAUGCUGGCCACAUGACCUGGAAGUUGUCUGUGGACAAACGCGGCUCCCUCGGCCAAUAAAGCAAGAUGAGCGCCGCAACCCCAGAGUCGUCCGCGACUGGACCUAAUGGUCAGGGGUCCCUUUACCUUUAAGCACCACUCAAGCUCACUGAGUCUUGCUUCUGUAUAGAUAUGCUUUCGUUUCUCCCUGUUAGGCCGAUCCAGUUUCGUUUGUAUAAUCGUUCCUUUCUUCACAUCAGGUUUAUUUAUUUAUUUGGAUUUGUAUACCACUCUUCCUCCAAAGAUGGUGGUUCGCAACAUAAAGAUACACAGUUCAGCACACAAAAUACAUAAUAAUAAGAAAAACAAACCAGUAACACUUCCCCCUCCCACCAACACAUUUAUAAGGCCAUGUAGAAUGUUGGUCAGCCUAAAGAUAUCGUGAAGGCGCCAGGCAAGCCUCCCUUCAGAGAGUAUUCCAUAAAGGGGGUGGGGAGCCGUCCUAUUCUUAUAUUGCCACGCUCCAGAACUCUUGUGGUAAAAAAGGUCUCAGAUGAUGAUCACAAGAUCCAGGGCGUUUUGCAAUACUGGGCUUCCCCAGUAUUACAAAAAUGAAUGAAAACUAGUAAUGGCAGGUUAACAUCAAAUCGGAAACAGGAUGGGGUAUUUGGAUCUUCACUCUUGUAAUAUGGCAGUGGUUCUCAAACUUCUUUUUUGUGGGAUACUUUAGAAUUGCUUUUUUGGCAUAUGUUUAAUAUUUCUUAUCUAUAGCUUUAAAAAGAAUAAUUCUGGAAGUGGUUGCUGUCCUAAACAUUGGAUUUUUUGGGGGGGGGGCUGUGUUUUUUUAAAUUAUUUUUGCCUACUGUUUGUCUUUAUGGCAAGGAAGGCGAGUUCGUUUGGACUGUGGUUCUCUUUCCUCUCUUCGCCAAGACCUGUGAUUUCAUCUCUAGGAAUGAUGUUAGUUCCUAAUCCAGGAAGUGCUGGCUGAGUCACAGCCUUCUCAGCACGUUGACAGCUAACAUUUAUCCAUGAGCUUUUUCCUGUGUAAGCAGGUAUUACAAAUCCAGUAUUAGGUGACUGUCCUUUUUUAUCAACUUUCUUGGUCUGGCCCCAUUUGGCUGUUUUGGAUGGGUUUAGUAGAUCAGCCUAAAUUUUUAUUAAAAUUUUUUUGGGGGGAACUAGGAUCUCUACAAGCACAACUGUGGUAUGUUCAAAUACAGAAGGUGUGUUCAUCUGCAGUAGCACUGAGGCAAUUAGAAUAAGCAAGCUUAAUUCAGAUUAAGUGAUGGUAAAUAGGCAACAUCUCUUUAAAUAAGGGAGAGCUGUCAUAGCCAAUUGAACAAGGGAUGAUUUCAUAUUUUUUGUCAUUAGAGAGGGCAUGAAGCUUAACAUUGCAGCUGUAACUCCCUCCAAAGUGCAUCCAAAUAUUAAGACUUUUUAUUACAUAAAAGUAAGCUUUUUUGUGCUGCCAAUUUAUCAAACGUUUCAUAAUUCACUGAAAUGAUGGCAUCCAUUUGCAAAGCAGUUCCUUGCGCUUGAAAGAACAGAAAGUUGUACGGAGAUAUUCCUCAGCGUUUCCAUGACCUCUCAGAGUAGUGUAGAAAUGAGUUACCCUCGCCGCCACCAGUUUGAGUUGCCUAUUUUUCUUUUUCCAGUAGUAGUUUGGAGUUAGUCCCUAUCAAGAGAGAGUUAUGUGCAUAAAUGCAAGGUAUUGUGUUCCUUUGUUUUCAGGCAUGAGUAAAUGGAGUGUGCAGUGUGUGUGUGUGUGUGUGUGCAUGCAUGAACCUGAGGCAUGAGUCGUGGGCAUGUGCAACUAACAAUAAACAUGCAGUACAAUAGUUUUACAGCAUCCACUUCAUUGACUCUUAAAGUGGCUGCUAGGAUAUUCCAAUGUACCUGUGAGAACUGAUAACAUGCCACUAGAAAUAAGUUUACUCAAAAGCUGCUGUAAGAUGAAGGCACUCAUCUGUUCAGGUGGCAACCCAUAGUGUAUCUGCAUGGUUCACUGGUCUGCCUUUGCUUAUUUCCAGCCAGCUUUCCACUAGGAGUAGAAUUAGCAAUAAAAUAUAUGUUAAGCAGCACAUUCAAGAAUAAAACAAGAUGGAUAAACUAUAAUCAACAAUUUAAAUUGGAACUAGCUGUUGCUUUUUUCCUCUUAAAUCAGCCAAAAAGGCUGCCAGACAUUGACUGCUCUUUUUAUGAAACAUGAGGCUUAAAGCGCUUGUUUGUGGAUGUACCAGUUUGAGUUUUCUUUAUUUUCUUGUGACUGCACAGAUAUAUAACUUGUUAUAAAAUAUUUUAAAAUAUUUCAAUUUUAUUUUUGUAUGGCUCUAAGAGUUUUCUACAAAUCAUCUAGUUAAGGGGUGCUCCUUGAUCCAGUGUGCAGAUGGGGUCAGUAGCAAAGGGCACCAUUUUUUAGCUCUGGCUGGUUCCCCAACUACAACGCUACCUGACAAAGCUACAGUUUGAAAAGCCAUUUUAAAUUUAGAGAAUGGUUUAUCCGUAGAGAAAUAGCACAAACCAUUCUGAAAAUCUGUCAGCCAUUAAGGAACAUGUUGUGGUUUAUGAUUAUUUUACGUACACAAUUUGGACAUGGUGCUAAACCAUAUACUCUUUCUCUUUCUAAAAACUAACUAGACUGGUUUAUAAGGUGGUGAUAGAUUCAUGGUGGUGAUAGAUUGAUAGAUUUAGUGGGACGCAGGUGGCUCUGUGGUCUAAACCACCAAACCUCUUGGACUUGCGGAUCGGAAAGUUGGCAGUUCAAAUCCCCAUGACAGGGUGAGCUACCUUUGCUCUGUCCCAGCUCCUGCCAACCUAGCAGUUUGAAAGCACUCCAGUGCAAGUAUAUAAAUAGGUACCACUGUGGUGGGAAGGUAAGUGGCAUUUCCGUUGCGCCAGAAGCGGUUUCGUCAUGCUAGCCACAUGACCCGGAAAGCUGUCUGUGGUCAAACACCGGCUCCCUGGGCCUGAAAGUGAGAUGAGGGCCACAACCACAUAGUUGCCUUUAACUGGGCUUAACUGUCCAGGGGUCCUUUACCUUUUAGAUUCAUGUGACUCUAUACACAGUAUGUACUUUGUAUGUAGGAGUUAACACGUAAGAUAAUAUUUUCAUUUCCAUUCUACAGAUACCAUGUCUAUGCAGCGGUGCAUCAUGUUUGCUGUGUCGCUGUUGUCCCAACAGCAAGAACUCCACGGUGACUCGACUUAUUUAUGCCUUCUUGCUUCUACUAAGUACUAUUGUUGCUUGUAUCAUGCUGGCACCAGGAAUGGAAAUGCAGCUGAAAAAGGUACUGAGACUUUUUGCGACGUGUGUUUGUAACACAAGUCACGGUGCACAGAUUCACCUACAUAUCAUAUGGCAUGCAACAGAGACUGAAAUAAGAGAUGAUAGUAUUUUCAUUAGACUCUUGCUGUAAGAAGGGAAGGGCAAGUGGAUUGUUUGACUGGACUCAUAUUCCAGUGUCCUAUCUCAGCUAAUAUCGGAAGAAUGUUCCAUGUAUAAGCUGAAGAUCUUUAGAUUUAUUUUGCUAAGCUUCAGUUAGCCGCCUUAUGCAAUCUUCAAAUGCUAUUUCACUAGGAUUCUCUGGUUUGCUGCAAUAGUAGUCUUUCCCUGCUUAGGUGUGUACCUCUUUUGCAUGUUGGUGGUUGGGGCCCUGGGGCCUUCAGCUGAUCCUACUUUAUUCUGUUCAAUUAAAGAUGAGUUUGUGUUAUGUCACUGCAUUAAAAUCAUACGAGUUGGAAUGGUCACCUAGUCCAACACCUUGCAAUGCAGGAAUCCCAACUAAAGCAUCCAUGACUGAUGGACAUCCAACCUCUGUUUUAAAACCUUCACUGAAGGAGAGUCCACAACCUCCUGAGGGGUUAUGAAACUUAUAGUCUGUCUGCCAUAACACAGGGUGAUUUAAGUAUAGUUUGUAGGCUUUAUGAAGCCCCAAAAUACUAUAAAGUAGGCCACCCAUUUGGUAAUGCAAAGAGAACAUCAGCUUUCAUUUUUCAUCAGCAUUUCAAAUCUUGUUGAGCAAUGGAAGCAUAUGCCGAAAGUUCAGUAAAAUGGUGUGUUGUUAUUAUUUUGUAAGGUGCCUUCAAGGUCUGCUUCAGCUGAGAAAAAUCUUGGGAUUUGUUGCUCUCUUCUUUCAGGUGCCUGGAUUUUGUGAUAAGGUGGUUCACUGUGAAGAAUUGGUUGGAUACAGAGCAGUCUACCGAGUCAGUUUUGCCAUGGCGGUGUUUUUCUUUCUCUUCUCACUAAUCAUGAUACAAGUGAAAUCAAGUAAAGAUCCAAGGGCUUCUGUACAUAAUGGGUAGGUUGGGAAUGUGGACUGGUCUCUUCUUUCCUCUGCCCAUAGCAUUAAACUCAUAAGCACAGAAAAUGGCCAAGUGAAUAUGUUCAUGUUUUACUGAGUGGGAGCUAGUGCCCCCGUGAGGCAAAAUAGAGGUAUAACCAGUAGCUUCUACUUUAAAAAAAGAUACUCAUAGACUAACAGCAAAGUCCAGUUAAAUAUAUUCUAGCAUUUGUGGGGCAGGGUGAGCUUUAUGUUCACUGGAUACUAGGCAUUAAGUGGGCAGCUUUGAUGGGGCUUCCCUUUGAGAUGUUAACCUAGCACUUCCAUUUGGGGCUCAUCAGUCCUUGGCUCCUGGGUGCUUCCCCAUUCUCCUGAGAUGGAGCAGGCAGGCCUUGGUGGAGAUCUGGGACCAUGUUCUCACCCCUAGGUUAGGGUCUCUAGGAAGGGAUCACCAGGGGGUUAUUUACCAGGAGCAGGUGAAACGUACAGUGUCUAAAAAGACAAUAUGUCAUGAAUAUCUUGAAGUAGACAUGGGGCUUCCUUUUAGCUAAGUGAGAUUAAGAUUGCAACCCAAGUAACUAUGCAGGCAUAUACGUGACCACCUAUCUUUAUAUUACUUUGGCACACCCCUUAAAGGUGCUUGACUUUGUUAGCUUAAGAGAAAUUAUUCUAAUCAGUGUUCUGUUUUUUUUAAAAACAGGUUUUGGUUCUUCAAAAUAGCUGCCAUUGUUGGCAUCAUGGUUGGAGCAUUUUACAUUCCAGAAGGACCUUUCACAACAGGCAAGCAUUGAUGGAUGAGGAAAUAGAAUUUCCCUUAGCUGUUGCUAUUAAGUGAAGCAUUUGGUAUUCAAUAAAGUGUCUUAUUAAGCGUUGAUUCAGUUGUGCUCAUGCCUCGGGGGGGGGGGUGACAUAUGAAUUCCUUAGAGUAGUCGCAACUAUGGCGACAGCUCGUAUUUUACUGAACUGUUCUUUUUAAAAGAAUUGGGUUCAUGAAGAGCUGGAGCUUAUUAAAUGUAAAAGUUUUUAGGAGCAUAUACGUUUGCCCACUCACUUAGCAGAUAAAGUGCUGGAUUCACCUAAUGAGCUCUGUAAGCCGAAGUUUACACAACAGGACUUUCCUCCUUUUGCCCUGUGUACCCCUGUUACCCAAAAGUGACUUGGGGGGGGGGGUCAGGAGAACACCAAGAAUAGUGUACAGAGGACAGAAAGCGGGGAUGGUUCUGUCUGGUAAGCUGAAAUGCUUGUGGGGAGGAAACAUUCAUCAUAGCAAGAUGCUGAAUUCUACCCAAAGGCUCUAUAACUUCCUUUAAAUAUAUCUAGCCAGAGGUUGUCAAAAGUUAAGAGGUUGAUUAUAACAUUCUCCUUUUCUUUCUAGCAUUGUUUGCUAUUGGCACUUGUGGCGCCUUCUGCUUCAUUUUAAUCCAGCUGGUACUGCUUGUUGAUUUUGCGCACUCCUGGAAUGAAUCCUGGGUUGAACGAAUGGAAGAAGGAAACUCAAAAUGCUGGUAUGCUGGUAAGUGCUGUUUAACUAGUGAGUAGCAAAAAUCAGCAAGAGGCAAGAAGUUUAGUAUGAAACUCUGUGUUUAUUGGCCAGUGUGUCAGCAUUGUUGAUAAAAGAAGUUCGGGCCCAGUGAAAGAAAUGGGAUCCACACAACAUCUGCUAAACAUUGUUGCUUAAAUGCUAUCACUGUAGCAAGGUGUGUGUGGGGUGUUGCAUAAGAAGUUGUGACAUUCGGAAUGAAGGAUAUGUCAUUUAAAUCUUAACUUUGCCAACGUCUUGCCUGCCUCUGAGCAAACCAGGUAGCCGCUCUUCUUUCAUUACGGAGGAAAUACGUGAGAUGUUGGUGUGAUUGUAUAGCACUUUUGAAUACUAAAUGUGUUUAUUAGUAAAAAGUUGUGAAGGCAGCCAUAUAAGCUAAGAAAAUGCUUUAUAACUAAUUUGUGGUAUUAUAUUAUGCAAGCCCUGCGGAAUGUCAGUAUUUCCCAUGGAGGAGAGGGAUAAUAUUUUCCUAUUUGAAACAGAGUCUUAAUCGGUGUUCUGAUAAUCUUUUGAAAAACUGCAUUGUAAUUUAACAAUUGAACGUUGAAAUGUGCUUUUCCUUUAGCUCUGUUGGCAUGUACUGGCCUUUUCUACACCCUGUCCUUUAUUGCCGUUGUGCUCUUCUAUGUCUUCUACACAAAACCUGAUGCCUGUACUGAGAACAAGUUUUUCAUCAGUUUUAAUAUGCUUGUCUGCAUUGCUGUGUCAAUCACAUCAGUCCUUCCAAAAGUCCAGGUAUGAUGAAUUCUGCAUUGGAUUAUUCUGAGGGAUAUAGGUUAGGAUGACUUAUUCGGGCUUGUAUAAAUAUCCUUAGUUAGAUGUGGUUUUUAUCUUGCAAACACUCAGGAGGAGUAGGUGAGUGUGUGGAGCAAAACAGACUAUAAACCCUUUGGUAAAGCUGUAUAACACUUGCUGAUAUUGCUGGAGGGAAUGGUGGUCAUGUAAUGUACUGUUUUGGUGCCACUGAACUACAACUAGUUGAGGAUCAGUAUAAUGUUUAGCUGAUUGCAUUGAGACGCAACAUGACAGCAGACAUUUUAUUCGAGGGCUGGGGAACACAACUAGCAAGAUUGCAUAGUCAUUCAUAGAAGAGUUGCUUGCAAGAAACAGUUUUGGAUAUUGAAAGAAUAGUUUGGAGGCUGUACUAAAAUACAUGAAAUAAUAUAUGUGGGUAGGGGUGGCAUGAGAAAAGUAACUCUUGCCCAUGGAAACUGAAAUAUUUCUCAUCAGUUCCCCAAGUAGUUCUUGUGCCUCUACUCAUGCUUCAUAUUCCCCUCUGUACAGAAGCCUUAAGUUGUAGUGAAAGUGAAAGUGAAAUCUUUCCAGUCAAGGCUAACCAACAUGGAGUUAAACAAAAAAGCAAUCUACAUGGUUCAGGUACAGUUAUAUAAAAUUUGCUUGUCUCAAACAGGAACACCAGCCUCGUUCUGGCCUUCUCCAGUCUUCUAUCAUUACUCUCUACACGAUGUACCUCACUUGGUCAGCCAUGUCCAAUGAGCCUGGUAAGCUUUCAUAAGUGCAGAUAAUUGUGCCUUCAAAACAAUAAUGGUAGUGGAGACAGUUGCGAAGGAAUAAAAAUAUACUGAAUCUUUGAGUGUAUUAGGAAUUGGAACCCUGCAGGUUUCUAAGAGAUGCAGUUUGGUUAAGUAUGAAGGCAAUAAAUAAUCUCUUGUCCGGCUACUUCACAUCUGGAAAUCAUAUAUACUUUGUGAGUUCAUGAUGGGGGAAGAAUUAGAUCGAAUUCCAAGUUUUUUGUAGAGCAUUUUCACUAUGACAGGCAAAGAGAUUCUGGGUUUAUUACUAGGCUAUAAACUCUCCUGAGAGUGAGCACUAUUUUAUAAAUCUGUGGAAUUUAUUUUCCAGAACGCAUCUGUAACCCAAGUCUUCUGAACAUCAUCAGCCAGAUAGCUGCUCCUACUUCCAUCCCAGCAAAUGUAACUGCUGUUGUACCUGUUGUUCCUACACCUGGACCACAAAAGCUGCAGUGGUGGGAUGCACAGAGCGUUGUUGGACUUACAGUCUUCGUACUUUGUCUCUUGUAUUCCAGGUAACAUUUGAUCUCUGUAGUUCCAAACCUUAAGGCAGAUUCUUGAGAAUCACAUCUUAGGUUUAGGCGUAAUGAACAGGUAGCUGCUGUGUUUUGAAUCAAGGUAAACAUUAACUAGACUUCAACUGUAACGGAAUUCCAUGAAUUUUUAUCUCUUCCCAUCAUGGCUGGUGGUCAAGAAAGUUGGGAGUUGUAGUCCAUCCAUUUCUAAAGGGUCAUAGUUUUCCCACCUGUUCUAAGGAUUUUUAAUGUAUUUUUUACACUUGUAAUUCAUUCCUCCUCCCAGAGUUGAAAGCAGCGGUCUCGUUUCCAAUCAGCUUACGUAGCCAGGUCUACUUAGCAUCUGUGGUAGAAUUGCAUUACAUACUUAUAGACUCAGGUGUUCUUGGGCACUUUGAAUAAGGCUAAACAAUUUACUGGUAGAUUUCAACUUUCUUAUUCAAUCUGAAACAUUUAACACCCUCUUCCUUGAACUGUUUUGCAGUAUCCGAUCUUCCAACAACAGUCAAGUGAACAAACUGACUCUGUCGACAAGUGACAGCGUCAUUUUGGAUGAUACUACCGGAACUGGUAGCGAUGUAGAAGAUGGAGAAAUUCGCCGGGUCCCGGAUAAUGAAAAGGAUGGUGUCCAGUACAGUUAUGCCUUCUUCCACUUCAUGCUGUUCCUUGCCUCCCUGUAUAUCAUGAUGACUCUUACUAAUUGGUACAGGUAAGAAUAGCCUAGUGGAGAUUUAAUCAGAUAGUAUAAUAUUUUUGCUGACAAGUACAGUGAGAUUAUCAUAAUCUCAAAUAUUAACUACUAUUUUUAAAUUUACUUUCUUAAAAAAUGGGAACCUAGGAAUUUGCCUUAUACCAAGUUGGACAUUAGUCCAUGUUGCUCAGUAUUGUGCACACUGACUGGCAGCAUCUUGCCAGGCUUUCAGAUUGUCUUUCCCAGCCUUGCCUAGAGAUGCAAGGGAAACUCUCUGAUCUUCCACAAUUACUGAAUAGUAGUAUUCUUUGACUGCUUUAAUGCCAAGAGCUUUACAUGCAUUCUCUGUAAUCUUGCGACAGCUUUAUAAUGAAAGUCAGUUACUUCCAUGUGUGUGUGGCUUACCUAAAGUCACCCUGUGAGUGAAGCCAGAAGCUUCCAGCUCAUAACGUGUGCUUUAAUAUGCUGCUUCUAGUUGUGUAUCAAAAUUGUAGGACUUGCAUCUCUAUAAAGUAGGAUAGGUACUUCGUGUAUCUGAGCCCUUUUUAUUGUUCAUAGUUAAAGAUGGUUAUCUGACUGUAAUGAAUUCUUAAGUAUCUAAUGAAGUAUAUUAGUAGUCUCGUUUCCCAGCCUUGCUGAUUGUUGGAAUUAAAAGAAUUAUCACUGUCUCUAGAAUUCCUGAGUGUACAAUAGGUAUGUGCAUAGCCAAAUUAAGUUUGAAAUCAAGGUAGUGGCGUAGUACCUGCUUCAGUCUGUAUGACAUAUCUUGUCAUACAGCUGAAUCUAUUUUUGUUUUUCCUGUUAAGCCACUAAUAUUCCAGCUCUGACUAUUAACUCAUUAAGCUAGAUACAGUGGUGCCCCGCAAGACGAAUGCCUCGCAAGACGGAAAACCCGCUAGACGAAAGGGUUUUCCGUUUUUGAGUUGCUUCGCAGGAAGAAUUUCCCUAUGGGCUUGCUUCGCAAGACGAAAAUGUCUUGCGAGUCGUGAGAUUUUUUUUUCGCUCCCCCCCUUUUAUCUAAGCCGCUAAGCCUUUAAUAGCCUUUUAGCAGCUAAUCCGCUAAGAUGAUAAGCCUUUAAUAGCCGCUAAACCGCUAAUAGCGCUAAUCCGUUAAGCCGCUAAUAGGGUUGCUUCACAAGACCAAAAAACCGCUAGAGAAGACACUCGCGGAACGGAUUAAUUUCGUCUUGCGAGGCACCACUGUAGUUCUCUUAUGCUUCAAACUGCACGACAUCUUGUCAACUGCUAGCCCGCUCGGGCACUGGCAGGAAGAAACAGUUGCUUUCAUGGGACUUACUUCUGAGUAGACCUGGUUACAAUGCUCCUGUUAGUCACCCUAACCCCUAGUUUCUUGCAUGAAUAAAUUAGGCUUUAAGUUGUGGCUUAAUUCAUUUUUACCAUUUAUUCAUUCCACAGCCCUGAUGCCGAAUUCAAAACUCUGACAAGCAAGUGGCCAGCUGUCUGGGUGAAGAUCUCCUCCAGCUGGGUUUGUCUCCUCCUCUAUCUCUGGACCUUAGUGGCACCUCUUGUCCUUCCUAAUCGGGACUUCAAUUAAACGAUAAUUUCUCUGAAAGCAUAGAAACAUGAAGUUCCUCUCUGCUGAAAGCCAAAUGGUCUGUAUCGCUUCUUGGAGCCAAGGCUCCAGCCAUCUCUCCUGCAACAUAUACAAAUGAAUAGAAAGCUGCUAACUUGUAUAAUGCUUGAUGCAAAAAUCUAAGCUCUGUACAUUUUGAUAUGUUUAAAUGAAAGCUAGCUUUACCAUUAGUCUACUACAGCUGUGCUGUUUGAUACCGUAAAAAAGCCAGUAGUAUAAACAACCGAGUUGAAAGAAAAAUGGCUUGAGCUUAAAGUAAUAUAUUUUAAAGUUAUUCUAAUGCUUCAGUAUAUGGAAGUGAAAGCCAUACUGCAGGUGUACAUUCCACUUCAAGAAAACAUGUUUAAUGGUGUUUUAACAUACAGAAUCUGUUUUUCUCAAUGGAGCAGCAUGCUAUGUAGUAUGGGAAGUUCAAAUGAGCAAUUUUUGGAUCACUGUAGAAGACCAAUUUUAUAGAAAAGUUCUACUGAACUUUAGUAUUUGUCAGUUAAUUCCAAAUGAAGUAUCUACUAUGCUUUAAUUAAAUUAUAUUAAAAUAAUUUGAAGUGCUUUUUUGUCUAAUAUUUGCGAUGUGAGUAAAAGCCAGUGCAUUGUUUUGUCAAUCUUGGCAUUUGCACUAUAAACACGUUUGAUUAAAAUUACCUGUUCAGUGUCUCUUUAUUUUGGGCAGAGGUAUGAAAAAUCCUGUAUAUCUUUUCAAACCACAGUUCAGAGAAAUCAAUUCAUGUCUGGAAAUUGGGGUAAUGAGCACCACAGAAUGGAAGAUCAGUUGUUCUCUCUCUGAGCUGCUUUUUAAAAAAUUAAUCCAACCCCCCCCCCCCCCCACUUCACAUACCUUGAUGGCUUUAGAAGGUAGUCAAAUCCCAUUGAGUUACUGAUACACUUGGAAUUUAAAAUGGACUUAACAAGGAAGCAAAUACUGUCUUGAAAUAAUGAUGAAAAUAAUGAAAUAUUGUCUUAAGGUAGAUGGUUUAAUAUCAACUCAUGCAUAAAGUUACAAUUAAACUAUUCCUUUUAUAAAAUGCAAUAUAAAAAUAAAUUCUCACAGGUGUAUACUGUAACCAAACACCUGACUUCUACAUACAGCAAAAGGCAAAACAAAUACUGAAACAAUUUACUUAGCAAAAUGCCAAAACUGACUGACGGAACAGUAGAAACAAAGCACCUCAACUACUAUUCUGGAAAAAACCUCAAAAAUUUUAAUAGUGCCUGUCAAGCCCACUGUAUAAAUUCAAGUAUCUUUCAUUUUCUGUUAGACUUAAAGGCAAUUUGACAGUUGUGGUAGGUUACCAAUGUCUCUUUCUUAAGGCCUGGUACUGUUUCAAUACGACCAAAUAAUUUCUUAAAUAAUGGUUGAGGAUACAUUAGAUAUAUUAGCUGCUAAUAUCUCUACUUGAAAAAUUAGUGUAUUAGUAUAAACAUAAUACCUGAACUUUCUGUAACACUAUACUAGCUGUUUAAUUUGCCCCAAACUUAGAGGGACAGUUUAAAUUAAAAGAUGAGUUUAGAUCUUUUUCUGCACAAUAAUGAACUUCAUCAUUCAGUAUCACGUGUUUUCACACUUCUUACAUGCACAGGAGCUACCUGUGACUGCCAGAAGAAAUAUUUACACCUAGUAUAUCCAUUUCAGAACACUUGUAAAAAGCUUUGAGUAAUAAUAAUAAAACCUGUUUCAAAUGCCUAUGAUGGCCUAUUUUGAUAACAUACCACAUAGUAUAAUCAAUGGGGCCUCUAGUUCAAGCACACAAAAUUGCUUCAUCUUUUGGCAAUACAGAGGCAGAUGGUUAUGCUUUUUUUUUUUUUUUUAAAUGUGAGGGGAAAUACAAGUUUGGCACUGACAAUACAAAAAGUCCACCAGCUGAAAACCUUAUAUUUACAAUCAGCACCAGUUUCUGGUCUGUAGUUGGCACUAAGUAAAAGCCUCCGCAAAUAGCUCCAACCAUCUAGUUGAAAGUGCUAAAAGAUGAGGUGGUAAUAAGUGUUGACCUGUCUCCCUCUAAACAUGAAACAGCAGUCAAUUCAAUCUCCACAAAGGUUUCAGGCUGAAGUGCUGGAUGUCACAAAUAUCUAAGUUAAUCUACAACUCAAGACUAUGAAAGAAGAGGAAGUUGCGUACAUAGCUAAGACCAAACACACAUGAGAUAAGCCACAAAUAAAAGGAAGACAUAAAGCACUAAUGCACAUUAACAAGGACAACCAUGAAGGACGGCGGAAAGUGACCUUUGUAAAAGGAAGCCAAUUUAGCACUGAGGUCCAACUGAUAACAUCCCCCCCCUCCACACACACACUGAACGGAAAAUAGUUACAUUUACAAAACAGAAAUUGUGCUUGUAAAAUACCCUGUCCAUUUGGUUUACAGAGACUCAGAAAUAAACACGUCUAAACUAGCAUCCUUGUUUUGCUGGACAGACAUCUACAACUAUGACAGUUUCCGAAUUACACCCCCAAGACCUAUGGUAAUAGAAUUCUAUAACUAAGGCAGGGUAUUAACUGGCAGCUAAGCUAAUAAGCAGAAUUACCUGUCCCUUUCAGUUGGUCCUGGUACAAAUUCAAGUAUGGGCAUAAAAACGGUGUACAGAUUCUUUAAUGCUCUAUUAGGCAGAGUGAACAUGUGCUUUCAUUGAUUUCAGUGGUUUUAAUGAUACCCACUGCAUUUGCAAACCUUGUCUGCAAGAUUCAAGUCUAAGGUUUGCAUCUCAGUGGCAACACACUCCCUACAAGAGAAGAGAAUAUGCUUAUAUGUGGAAAUAACUGAAUAAUGAUAGCGAUAAUCAGAGCAUGUCAAACCAAAGUGUAUCAGAAUGGCAGCCCAACAUUUACUCCUAGAAACUAGCCUGCCGUAAAACAGCUACCAUUAUAUCACACAACCAAUAUUAUUUCUUACUUCUCUAGGGAAAGUCAGUACUGUAUAAUGCAUUAUGACACUUCCGCUUUGUCAAAACUGUUGGCCAUUUUAGCUCUUUUCAGCCUGAGAAAGUCUAGCACUUUGACCCUAAACUUGCUCAUUUGGAAGCAGGUCUCAUUCAUUUCAGAGCAACUUACUUCCAAAUAACUGUGCUUAAAACCUUGGCGUUUGCAACGUUCCUUAAGUCAUGUGACACAUUUAAUCUUAGGAGAUGCUGCUGUUUGCAAAGGGUCAAGAAACCGCAACGUUUACAGUGCCUCCAAACUGCACCCUUCUCCUGGAUUGCGGUAGAACUUCACCUUUCUCCAUGGCUUCCCCUUUUUAAUUUGCUUUGGUUCCAAUGUAAAGUGCCUCCCUCAGCUGUCUUUACCCCUAGGCUACAGUCUACCUAAGAACAAGGCAGAGUUCAUAAUCCCUUUGUAAACAGGAAGGUGACCUUUUGGAAGCUUUAACUGCUAUGUUAAUAGCAGGAAUAGAGUUGCGUUUUCAAGCUUCGCAAAGAGUCAUCACAUUGCUUCUCAUCAAUCUCCCCAGUCAAUAGUGGGUCAAGAGGAGAAGAGUCAUUGGAGGGAGCCAGAAGAGAAGCAUCAUACAGGAAGUCAUCCUCUGAGGCCAGCAGCAGCUCAUUCCAGGCAGAGAUAUCCAGUUUCCCCGCAGUGCCCCCAUAUUCUUCAGGUAGGAUCCAUGGGGGAAGGUUGUGGUGAAGAGAGCUCAAGUCUGACCCAUGAAGAAAAAACUGAAAAAGAAAAACCCAGAAGUUUCAACAACACGGGUUCAGUAUUCUUGAAAUAAUAAUGUAACACUCUGAUAUAGUAUUCUUGAAAUAAUAAUGUGAUACCUCGAUUUCAAGAAAUUCAAGUAUAAUUCACAUUGUGUAUCCAAACAACUGUGGCAACAAGAGACCAGGCUGAUCCUAAUAUUAAAUUGUGACCCACCCUGGGGCCUGCUGGUGAAUGGCAGGAAACAAAUUUACCACAUUGAGCUCCCGUUGUUUGGUCCCUGUUCCUGCCCACCUAGCAGUUCGAAAGCCCAUCAAAGUGCAAGUAGAUAAAUAGGUACUGCUCCGGUGAGAAGGUAAAUUUUGUUUCCGUGGGCUGCUCUGUUUUGCCAGAAGUGGCUUAGUCAUGCUGGCCACAUGACCUGGAAGCUGUCUGUGGAUAAACGCCGGUUCCCUCAGCCUAUAGAGCAAGAUGAGCGCGUAACCCCCGAGUCGUCCACGACUGGACCUAACAGUCAGGGGUACCUUUACCUUUACCCACCUGGUUGCAACAGCCACUACUCCUCUGCCAUUGUAAGCUGUGCAAGAUGAGAGAAGAUAAGAGGAGGCCCCUUCCAGCUAUGCCAAGUAGAAUUUCAUCGGUCACAAUUACACUACAGAUAUAUGCAACUUGCUAGUCUGACCUCUAUGAAUGAACAACAGCCUGUCUGCAACAUUAGCCACUUUCGUUGCGUCUUUUGGACUGUAAGCCUUUGGGGCAAGGGUUGUCUUGUGUUUACUGAUGUUAUGUAAGCUGCUCUGGCAGCAUUUUCAGCUGACAAGCAAGAUUAAAAUGCUUUAAAUGAAUGAAUAAAUAAAAAUAGCCACUUACCCG